AUGGUGGGUCAGGACCCGGCCACCAGCCCCAAAACCGAAGAUCUGGCAAGUAUUAGUGAGAUCCCUGGAGAUAUGUCUGCCCUAUCCGCCAAGGAGAGCUCGAAGAAGACCGACACCAACGGUCAGACUGCUAUUGCAAAUAACAACAUUCCUCCUCCCAAAACUGAUAAGCCCCGACCUCAUGUCUGCACAACGUGCACUCGUUCAUUUGCCCGAUUGGAGCAUCUAAAACGACAUGAGCGCUCACAUACUAAGGAGAAGCCAUUUGAGUGCCCGGAUUGUGCGCGCUGUUUCGCUCGCCGAGAUCUACUCCUGAGACAUCAGCAGAAGUUACACAUGACCACCACCCCGUCGUCGCGACCCAGAAACGCCCGGAGAGAAAGCACAGGCGGCACUGGUACAGGGACAAAUCGUGUGCGCAAGAACUCCAUCGUCAACACUUCCAGCGCCAUGCGCCCUAGAGCCAACACUAUUAGCCAUAUCGAUGGAGCUGCGCUGGGAUUAGGUAAUGCCACCAGUGCCCCGCCAGCGGCGCCUAGCCACAGUCAUGCCUACCAUCCCAGCCUAGGCUCGGCGCCCGUGGGCUCCAGUCUGGACUAUCGCGGGUUUAGCUCCGCGCAUCCCCCGGUGAAUGGUCUGACAAAGUUGGAAACCCACGGACUGCCGAUGGAUCUCUCAGGCGGGCUUCGUACGGCUCCGGUGUAUGGUAGCUUCGAUCUCAGCCUAGGUGAUAUGUUCAUGAGCCAUAGCACUAUCAACCCCGCCCAGUUGCAUUUUGGUGGCUCGCCACAAGGAUAUGGGAACGACUCACCCUCCUCCCCGUACACUCAGGGUGCCCAUCAGAUGCCGCCCGCCGAUCCCAUGAUGGAGGAUGACUUCAGCUUUGACUGGAUGAACGGAUUCGAUCCAUCCGUGCAGAUGGGGAAAGGUAAUGAUUCCGUAAUUGACGAGUCAUCCCCCUCGGCGAUGAGUACCGGCAGCCAGAGUGGCAUCAGUGAAGCCAUGAUGGAGGGAGGGCAUCGGUACUCCGCGAGCUGGCACAACCCCUUUCCAAACCACUCGGGGCAGCCUUCCAACCAAUUCAUUGAUUACAACUCUUCCGCCUUUAAUGAUCUAGGAAUUCCCCCAGAAACCGUUUCACCCAAGUCUCUCAUGGCGCAGAACCCGUUUGCUGAAAAUUAUGCCACCCCUCCCUCCAUGACCUCAGUGGGCCAAUCCAUGUUGGGGGGACAUUCGCAGAGUAUGUUAUCAUCCUCUAUGGCAACCAACGGAGACACUCCUAAUCCUUUCAACCUACCUUUCGCGAAUAGUGCCCUACGAACUCACCAUUCCUCAAGCUCAACCGAUACCUUUACAGACUCCACCCGACAGGCUCUACUAGCCAGCAUGGCGCAGCCCACCGGUUUCAACCACCGCAAAUAUUCCCAGCCAGCCAGUGGUAUGCUUCAUUGCCGUGACCUCUUUUCCCGAUCCUCCAGCUUCAACAGUUCCGGUCCACUGCCCAGCACCUCAGACAUGCAACGUUAUAUCUCAGCAUACAUCACCUACUUCCACCCGCAUAUGCCGUUUCUCCAUAUUCCGACCCUCGAUUUCCAAGCCCCCGAGUACACGAAUAACCUCCGAACUCCCAGUGGCCACCUUAAUCUGAGUUCGACCGGUGUUUCCGGUGGCGGCGGCUGUCUGAUUCUCUCCAUGGCCGCCAUCGGUGCGCUCUACGAAUAUGACACCGCGGCGUCCAGGGACCUCUUUGAAGCCGCUAAAAAGAUGAUUCAGUUGUAUCUAGAAGAACGCCGAAAAGCAGACAUGUCUGCCGCUUUUAAUCGGGCCCACUCAGUCCGCGACAACUCUGUCCACAACACCCCGCUUUGGUUGGUGCAGGCGAUGCUUUUAAAUGUCAUUUACGGCCAUACCUGCGGCGACAAGACCUCCGCUGACAUCGCUAGUACACACUGUGCGGCGUUAGUUAGCCUUGCCCGAGCUGCGGAAUUGACGCAUCACCUAGACGCAAAGGAUCUGCCCCAGGAUUAUCUAAAUGCGGGCGUCAGUAACGGAGCUGGUCCUCAAAGGGCAAGCCCCGAUUCUGAGACGUGCGCCUCCUUUGGUCCGCCGAAGGAACGAAAGAGUUGGUUGGAUUGGAAAAUCGUCGAGGAGCGGAAGCGCACUCUUUACGCCAUCUUCGCCCUUUCCUGCUUCCUCGUUUCAGCUUACAAUCACGCGCCUGCUUUGACCAACUCUGAGAUUCGCCUGGAUUUGCCCUGCGACGAGGACCUCUGGUCAGCCGAGUCGCCUCAGGCUUGGAAGAAAAUGGGCGGACACCUUGCUUCCAAGAACGGUCUGUCCUUCCCUUCGGCGUUGACAACGCUCCUGACCGCCAGUCAGCGCGAACAAAACCAAGCGCAAGCACCUACAAGCAGCAAUACUACGUCAGAAGACGUCUCAAGCGGCGAUCUAAAGCCCAGCACUUUUGGUUGCCUCGUACUGAUUUACGCUCUUCAUAACUACAUUUGGGAGACUAGGCAGCGACAUAUGGGCCGACAGUGGACUUUCCGGGAGACUGAUGCUAUGCAAGCACAUAUUGAGCCCGCCUUACGAGCGUGGCAGGCUGCUUGGGCGAGCAACCCCAUCCACAGUUUAGAGCGGCCGAAUCCAUUUGGGGCCGGACCUCUAUCGGCAGAUAGCAUUCCCUUGCUAGACCUAGCUUACGUUCGGUUGUUCGUUAAUCUAGGUCGCUCCAAAGAAGCUUUCUGGCAGCGAGACUGGAAUGCCAUGUCGGAUGAGCUCGCGCGAGGAACCGACAUUGUCAAUCACAUGGAUGAUAUUCCUUCUGACGUGUUGGAUCCAUCUAUCACGGACAGCGCCUUUCAUAUGGAUAAUCGCCGGGAUUCAGUGGCCGAUCUUGGGGUAGCUGACCUGACUAUUUCCAAAACUCCCACUCAUGAGCAUCCGAUGCAAACCCUGAUGGGCGUACAUCGUCCGGGACAGUCGAAACGCGAGAGGCAUUUACGGAAAGCCGCUUUCUAUGCUGCGGAUUCGAUAUCUAUGUCAGACCGGCUCGGGAAUACUUUCGCGGAAUUUACGUGCCGGGACUUGCCUAUUCAAUGUGCAAUGUGUGCUUUCGAUUGUGCUCAAGUCCUUGCCGAGUGGAUCACAACCGUGCAAGAGCGUGUGGGGCCCUACUUAGGGCUGCUAGGUCGUGACGAAGUUGACCUGGUCCAUGCGUCCAAGGUUUUGUUGCUGGAAUAUGACGAUUGUAAGCUCUUGGAGAAAAUCAAGGAGAUACUUGCCAGCAUUGAAACCAAGAUGCAAACGGAAGUGCAAACCAGUGCAACUGUGUCCACCCUGAGUGUCUUACAGCGGUUGCCUAGCGUUGUGGAAGGAGGGUAUGGUUGUAAGAUUUUGAUUGCCACGGCAAGCCUUUUGGACAGAGCGGCUGUCUGGCCAGUCACGAAGCUCAUGGCUCGGUCUCUCGAAGCGCAAGCUAUGCGACUGAAGGAACGCGCCGAAAUCUCGGCCAUAAGAACGGAUUAA